UUCGGCGCGCCUUUCCGCUUCCGGGUCAGAGGGGGUCGCCAUGGCGGUGCUGGCUUCUAACCCCAACAACCCCGUGGUCUUCUUCGAUGUCACCAUCGGCGGGCAGGAGGUGGGCCGCAUGAAGGUGGAGCUCUUCGGCGACGUGGUGCCCAAGACGGCUGAGAACUUCAGGCAAUUUUGCACGGGGGAAUUCAGGAAAGAUGGUGUUCCCAUCGGUUACAAAGGCAGCACUUUUCACAGGGUUAUAAAGGACUUCAUGAUCCAAGGAGGCGAUUUUGUAAACGGAGAUGGCACUGGAGUGGCCAGCAUCUAUCGGGGACCCUUUGCCGACGAGAACUUCAAGCUGAAACACUCGGCGCCCGGCUUGCUCUCCAUGGCCAACAGUGGUCCCAGCACCAAUGGCUGCCAGUUCUUCAUCACCUGCUCCAAGUGCGAUUGGCUGGAUGGGAAGCACGUGGUUUUCGGUAAAAUAAUUGACGGGCUUCUAGUCAUGAGGAAAAUUGAGAACGUGCCCACCGGGCCGAAUAACAAACCGAAACUCCCUGUGGUGAUUGCCCAGUGUGGAGAAAUGUAGGUUGGUUUUUUUUUCCUCAUCCGGGGAUGCCAAGCAGUUCCUGACCGCUCAUCCAUCAUCCCACAUUCCAUGUGUGUCUGUCGUCCCCCCCCCUUUUGUAAAUAAAGAGAUUUUCUUAAAA